AUGUUUCAGGAGUGCGGAGGGUCGAGCAGGGUGUGCCUGGGCUCUCAGUCAAACCACAUUGCUGCACUCUCGCCCUUCUCUCCUUGCUCUCCCCCCUCCCCCCACUCCUCUUCUUUCUUCUCCACCUACCCCCGCCAGGUGUUGAAGCGUGUUAGCUCGAGCAGGGUGCGUCUGGGCCUGCUCUCGGUCAUCGUGGGAUGGGUGCUGGGCUAUCUCGCCGUCGCCAUCAUCGCCAACCACAGGAGGACCAUGCAGUACGGAAUGGACGAUGGGGUGGGGGACGAGCUAGCAGGCAUCGCCAUCCGCCCGCGCCCGCCCGGCCUCCUAACCACCGACCCCAUGGAUUACCCAAAACCCAAAGUCUUUUUCGACAUAAACAUCGACGGGCGGCCCGCGGGUAGAAUAAUCUUCGAGCUCUUCACCAAGCAGGCGCCCCGGGCAGCUGAAAAUUUCCGGGCGCUGUGCACGGGGGAGAAAGGGCGGGUGCCGAACGAGCCGGGCAGGGAGGGGGCGGGGAUGCCGCUGCAUUACAAGGGAGCAGAGUUCUAUAGAGUGAUUGACCGGUUUAUCUGUCAGACUGGGAUCAACACGGAGAGCAUCUAUGGGGGGAGCUUCAAGGACGACCCGCUAGCCCUGCUGCUGAAGCACAACAAGUGCUUCAGUCUCAACCCUGAUGCCUGGUCCCUCCCUCCACAUUUCCUUCCCCAUUUGUUUCUCCUGUCUCUCAUCUCCUCCCCUCCAACUGCAGAAGGGGUUGCUAUCAGCAGCCAACGUUGCGCUAUCCUCAAGACCUCGUUCCUUCCUAAGACCGAGAAGCUGGCCGAUGCUUCUGUGGUUGUCAGCAUUCCCGUGAAGCGGGUCUCACCGGUUCAGGCUUCCCUGGAGCCUGCUGUUUCCCGCAGGACUAUCUCUCUCGCCGGAGUUGCAUCCCUGGCCGCUGUGCUUUCCGCUCCCGGUCUUGCUUUGGCUGACUUCGAGGAGGACUAUGUGAAGGCGACGACAAACGUCAUCGAAAGAGUGAGGUACACUCUGGGCCUCGCUAGAGACGAUCCCGCUAGGAGCGAAGCCGUGAGUGAACUCCGAGAGCUGUCCAACACGUGGGUGGCGAGGUAUCGCCGCGAGAAGAGCGUGGCCGGCCGGCCGUCCUUCAGCAACAUGUAUUCCGUCCUCAACGCCAUUUCCGGUCACUACAUCAGCUUCGGACCUACCUACCCCAUCCCGAAGAAGCGGCUCGACAGAAUAGUGGAGGAGGUUGACAUUUCCGAGCGCGCUCUCGCCCGUGGCCGAUAA